CUCUUUGUUUCAGCCAUGUCAGAUGUAGAAGAAGAAUACGAGGAACAGACGGAGGAGGCUGAGGAGGAACAGGAAGCUGAGCCCGAGGAGGAGGCGGAGGCGAACGAGCAGGUGGAGGUGGAGGAAGAUGGAGAGCUUCAAGAGUACCAAGAUCAUGACGCCCAGGAGGAAGAGGAGGAGCGCCCCAAGCCCAAGCCAAUGGUUCCUCAACUUGCUCCUCCAAAGAUUCCUGAGGGGGAGAGAGUGGACUUUGAUGACAUUCACAGAAAGCGUAUGGAGAAGGACUUACUGGAGCUGCACACUCUGAUCGACGCACACUUCGAGCAGAGGAAGAAGGACGAGGAAGAACUCAUUGGUCUCAUGGAGAGAAUUGAGCGUCGUCGGUCAGAGAGAGCAGAGAUCCAGAGGGUCAGAGCAGAGAAGGAGAAGGACAGACAGAACAGGAUUGCGGAAGAGCGUCACAGAAAAGAAGAAGAGGAGGCCAAGAAGAAGGCCGACGACGAUGCCAAGAAGAAGAAAGUGUUAACUGGCAUGGGAGCAAACUUUGGAGGCUUCCUGGCCAAGGCCGAGUCGAGGAAGGGUAAACGCCUCACGGGCCGAGAGAUCAAGAAGAAGACUCUGGCUGAUCGACGACAGCCGCUGGGCAUCGACAAUAUGAGGGAGGACGGGCUCAAGAAACGGGCUCAAGAAAUGUGGAACUGGAUCUACCAGCUGGAAUCUGAGAAGUUUGACCAUAUGGAGCACAUGAAACACCAGAGAUAUGAGAUCACUGUGCUGCUUAACCGAAUCCAACAUGCUCAAAAAUUCAAAAAGGUCCACGGCAAAGGAAAGGUGGGAGGACGCUGGAAAUAAAGUGGACAUGAAACAGAAAUGAAACGAUCUGUGAAGUGGUAAAGAAAACAAAAAGGAAUCACAAGAGGAAUCAGACAUUUAUUCUCCACAGUCCUCUAGAGACAGAUCCUUUUAUGAGGACAAUUGGAUAUUGUUGCUUGAUAUGAAACAUUAUUGAUAAUAAAACUACAUCCACUAAA